UCAAAUGCUUGAUAUAUUUUAACGAGCUCCUCUUAAUUUUUCUGUCCGUGGAGAGCAAUAAUUGGGGUUUUUCAAUACCGGCAACAAGGUGGGCAGACUAGUGUAGCUGUUCGCCAAGAACGAAUGCUCUCCCCAAUGUAACGCGCCCUAGAUUUGUUCCCGUUCUCAAAACGCAAGCUUGCAAACGCAAAGGUUUAGGGUUUUAGGCUUGUUCCCAAUUUUAGGGUUUCUUGGGUCUUAGGGUUGUGCAGCCAUGGCGACCACAAGAGUUCAGCGUAUUAUGACCCAGCCCAUUAAUCUGAUUUUCCGGUUUCUUCAGAGUAAAGCUCGUAUCCAGAUUUGGCUUUUUGAGCAGAAGGACUUGCGAAUUGAAGGCCGUAUAAUCGGGUUUGAUGAAUAUAUGAAUCUGGUCCUUGAUGAUGCUGAUGAAUUCAAUAUCAAGAAAAACACUAGGAAGCCCCUGGUUUUUUCCCUUUUUCAGGUAGGAUUCUUUUAAAAGGCGACAAUAUUACCCUGAUGAUGAGCACGGGAAAAUGAUCAGAGGAUUUAGAGCACUCAUACACGACCCCAUUCGGAUUGUAUUAUCAAGUUUUUGCGUCCUUAUCCUCCUAUUUUAAGUUGGUAGAGCACUCACAAGUCCUCAUUUACAGCAAGAACUUUCUUUUGCCUUAUGUUGUAUUCACUAUGGAUUUUGAAGUACAUAGCUGUUUGUCAUGUUCUUGUCCACUACACUUUAGCAGAGCCUGACAAAGAUCCUAAGGAUUUUCCUGCCAAUAUGUGGCCCAUACUAACCUUGUGUUUUUGAGCAAGCAACCGGACGUGUGACCUCGAA